AUGAAGACGACAUAUGAAGGCGUAUACUACUUCAGAAUCAUGAACGGACCUUUCAGGGCAAAUGCUCAUUGUGAUCCUCUUCACAUAAAAGUCAAAGAUUCUCCUCUGAGUCUCAAACUAAUCAUCUCAGGAGAUCUGAAAGAGAAGGAGUCUGUCACUAUAACCUGCUCAGCUUCCACUCCCUGUCCACUCUCCCCUCUUAAACUCACCUGGACUCUCAAACAAGACUCUCUCAACAACAUGGAGGAAAACUCAGAUAAAACCUUCACGACUAAAAUCCAGGAGAAGAUCACUCUGACGGACAAACAUGAUGGAUACAACAUCACCUGUUCUGCCACAUAUCUUGUGAAUGAAGGAAAAGAAGUCAAGACAGCAGAGGAGACACAGACUCUCAGAGUUUCAUAUUCUCCUAAAAACACCUCAGCGUCCAUCAGUCCAUCAGGUUUGGUGUCAGCAGGUAUUCAUGUGAACCUGACCUGCUCCAGCAGAGCCAAUCCUCCUGUCAGCAGCUUCACCUGGUUCAAGAUCAGCAGAGAUGGACACAUGAUCGUAUCUGAAGGAGAGUUUUACAGCUUUAAUGUCACAGAGGGAGGAGUUUAUUACUGUGUGGCCAUGAAUGAUCUCAGUAAUCAGACAUCACCACUGAUCCAUUUGAGGGUUGCAGAGAAACCUGUUGAUGCUCCUCUUUGGGGUUCAGCUUUUGGGAUCAUUGUCGUAGUCGUCUGCCUCGCUGUCUGUAUUUGGUGGUUAAAGUGGAAACAUCAAACUCCCCAACAGAACCAGAGACAAGGAGAUGGCGUACUGGCUACUUAUCAACCACCGAAUGAAACAGAGGAAACCAUCCAUUACGGGGAGAUCAACUUUUCAGUGCGGGGACCUGAACAGCUCUCUGUCUCAGUGCAGGACAGUGGACAGCAGCAGGAUACGCUGUAUGCACAGGUCAGAGCGUCCAAGCCAGCAAGCAGCCGAACACAGCCUGCUGACGGCCCAGAAGAUGUCUACGCUCAAGUGAAGAAAAAAUGAGUGGAUUAAAUGCAUUUCAUCAAGUUUCAUUAUACAACUUUUUUUUGUUCCUUUUUUUUAUUGCUCAUGUUUUAUCUAGUUGAGCACAGCGUUAGGUCAGGAAGGCCACGGAGUCACACUCUACUAUCAUGCCAGACUUUUAGUAACAACUGAUUUCAUGCAAACCUCACCACCAGCUGAUUUCCUUCAAAGGAUCCUAGAUUGGCCAAAUGGUACUUAUGCCACCUUAUUUUAACUGUUCUAGCCUGCCUACUAUUUGCUGCUCCCUCUGCAAGCCACAUUUGCAACUCUCCUCCACCCCAGCUCCUCCUUUCAUGCUGUUCAGACUUAAUCAAUGUCAUGCUGUUGUCAUUGAUGCCUGCUCUGUUUGGCUUUGCUGCUUCUCUCCCUGCCUUAUGCCUUCCAUGUAAUCAUGUGGAAGGGCAGGGAGAUCCCAGACCAGAGCCAUACUGCCAAAUAUAAAUAAUUACAAUGAAGUAUAUUUUUCAUGACAAAGGGGUCCUGACUGAAAUCUUGUUGCUGUGUAAUAUUCAGCCUCUUAUAUACUGUAUGUGCAACUAAAACAUACAGAAGUCUAUUAGGGACUUUUUUUUAUAUUAAACUAACUUCAAGCAGUUGCAGUCCACAUUUACUUUAUUUUAUUACCCUUUAAUUUUAAAUGUUUAGUUUUAUUGUAAAAUGCUUUAAUUUGAUCGUUUUUGACGAGGCAUGUUCCAUCACUUCUCUUUUAUUUCCAUUUUCUCACCUUGUUUGUUUCCCAUGUUUUUAUUUGUGUUUUUU